UUCUGAUCUGUUAGGGUUUAUAUCGAAUUUCCACGCUGGAUCCACGGUGCUCGAAUUAGUUCAGGUUGAAAUCUCACGUUGUGGAUCUGUGAUUCUUAAUUCUGUUUGUAGUGCGAGAUCGGCGGCUGCCACUGACUUUUGAUUUGAUAUCUCCUCUUUAUUUGUCUCCAAUUUAUGGUUAUGUAUAUAGUUGUAAUCUCUGGAAUGAUGUUGUUCUUAUACUUGGUUUUCAUGGAAUCAUGAGCAAUUGUUGUUUGGAUAACUGAGUUAUCAUUCUGUAGCUGUUUCUGCCAUUUGAAUUGGUGAGAUGUUAAUGCAAUUGGUGCUUUCUGAUGAACAGGUGAUGAGCUUCUCUCUGACUCAUUCCCCUACAAGGAGUUUUUGGAUGGAGCUUUGUGGGAAGUUGAUGGAAAGUGGGUUAUUCAAGGCGCAGUCGAUGUCGACAUUGGUGCGAACCCUUCUGCUGAAGGAGGUGGUGACGAUGAGGGUGUUGAUGACCAGGCUGUUAAGGUUGUUGAUAUUGUCGACACCUUCAGACUUCAGGAGCAACCCGCUUUCGACAAGAAGCAGUUUGUUACCUACAUGAAGAGGUACAUCAAGGUCUUGACCCCUCUCUUGGAAGGGGAGGCCCAGGUGCAGUUUAAGAAAACCAUUGAGCCAGCAACUAAGUUCCUCCUCUCUAAGCUCAGUGACCUCCAAUUUUUCGUCGGGGAGAGCAUGAAGGAUGAUGCCACCUUGGUAUUUGCUUACUACAAGGACUGUGCUGCCGACCCUACAUUUUUGUACCUCCCCCACGCCUUGAAGGAGAUCAAGUGCUAGAAAGAGAGAGAGAUGAGUAGUGGCGCUUAGAAGUUAAACAAACUUCAUUUGCUCUAGUUCUAGUUUUGGUUGUUGGUUGUCCCAGUCUUCUUUUCACCCUUAUGUACUCUUAGACUCAGCUUCGGCUCUUUGUUAUGCGCUCGUAUUUCGUUUUGGAACUUGGAAACUUGGGUUCAACGGCUAUUGAGGAUACUUAUUGUUUGGUGUGACACAUAAUUGUGUGUGGUUCGUUAUUAUUGGAUGUGUGUGGUUUAUCAGAAUCUACAGGAAUACUGGGAGGAUUGAGGUGAUUCAUUCUGAGUGAUUGUCUCGGUCUGAGGAUGUUUAGGAACUCGCAGAUUGGCUUUUCUCUGUCGUUGUAGAACCUGUACCCUCAUUGCUGUCUGCCUGUCUCCUGGAUUGUUAUAUUCAGGGUUUAUCAUUGAGUUCUUUGUCACC